CGUUUCUCUGCAAAUAUUCCCAUUCGGUUACCAUCUCCGUUUUAGAGUGAAAGUUAUCGCCGGCGGCGAAGGAUUGAAGUUUCCGGCGACGGUUUGAAGUUAUCGGCGGCGGUUCUAAGUAACCGGCGGAAAUGGGAACUAGAGGAUUCGUUAUUUAUCUACUUGCAGGUUUCUCCAUCGCUAUUCUAUCCACUUUCUAUCUCAGUAAACAAAAUUCAACCGCUUCAUAUGCAUACAAUCUUCGUCUAUCAUCGAUGAAUCAAACGGAGAACAGUCUUAUGCAGUACGAGUUUCAUUCCGCAUUGAAAAUUUGGCCUGAAUUGAAGUUUAGUUGGAGACUUGUGUUGGCUACUAUUAUAGGAUUUCUUGGGUCAGCGUUUGGGACGGUUGGAGGAGUUGGUGGGGGAGGCCUUUUUGUUCCAAUGCUUACUUUAAUUGUGGGUUUUGAUGCUAAAUCUGCUGCUGCGCUUUCAAAAUGUAUGAUAAUGGGGGCUUCAGCUUCAUCUGUAUGGUACAAUUUGAGGGUACCCCAUCCAUAUAGACAAGUACCCAUCAUAGAUUAUGACUUGGCCCUACUUUUUCAGCCAAUGCUCAUGUUGGGCAUUACUAUUGGUGUGGCUCUAAGUGUGGUCUUUCCCUAUUGGCUAAUAACAAUCCUCAUUAUCAUUCUUUUCUUGGGCACUUCGUCAAGGUCAUUCUACAAGGCAAUUGAAAUGUGGAAGGAAGAGACUAUUCUAAAGAAAGAGAUUAAACUACUACAAGACGCUAGAGUGAAACAUGGUGACUUGGUAAUUGAUGCAGACUAUGAGCCAUUGGUCCCUGAAGAGGAGAAAACACCACUGCAAAUUUUUCGUUUUAACUUAAGAUGGAGAAGACUUCUGGUGCUCAUACUAGUGUGGAUCUGUUUUUUGGUGCUUCAAGUAAUAAAGAAUGAUGUACAAGUAUGCAGUGUGCAGUACUGGCUGCUCUUCUGCUUACAGUUCCCAUUAGCAUUUGUAGUGUUUGGCUACGAAUGCAAGACUCUCUACGGAGAAAGCAAUCGGAGGAGGAAAGAGGGUAAUACUGUAUCGGUUUGUGAAGCUUCGCUUGAGUGGACGCCAAUCCAGCUCGCUUUCUGUGCUCUUUGUGGAAUCGUGGGAGGCACUGUCGGUGGCCUUCUGGGAUCUGGUGGAGGAUUUGUACUCGGCCCUCUCUUGCUUGAAAUUGGUGUUAUCCCUCAGGUUUCUAGUGCGACAGCAACCUUUGUGAUGUUAUUUUCAUCGUCAUUAUCAGUAGUCGAAUUCUACCUACUCAAGAGAUUCCCCAUUCCUUAUGCGUUGUACCUAAUGGGAGUAUCAGUCAUGGCUGGAUUCUGGGGACAAUUCUUUGUAAGAAAGCUGGUUGCUUUUCUGAAACGAGCUUCUCUCAUUGUGUUUAUCCUCUCAUCGGUCAUCUUUGCAAGUGCUUUAACCAUGGGAGUUAUUGGGACAGAAACAAGCAUGAGGAUGAUAAAGAACCACGAAUUCAUGGGCUUUUUGGAAUUCUGUAGCAGUCAGUGAUGAAUGGAAGAAGAAGAAGAAGAUUAAAGAAUUUAGAUUGUAUUUGUAAAGAAAGGUUGUUGGUCAAUGCCUUAUUGAUUAACCCUUUUUUAUUUACCAAUAAAGAGAGUAAGUGAUUGUUUAAUUUUAGGGGUUGGUUGUGAAAAUAUUUGUUAGCAUCUUGCUAACAUCAAAACAUCACCAACCCUCUAUUUUUACUACCCAAUAAAGAAAAUAGAGAGUAUGUAUCAUACUAUGUGUGUAUAAAGAUUGAAAUUGAAAAUGGCUUUUUCUUUUGGUGAAUUUUCUUUUUUGAAUUUA